CUUGUCUCCGGCGAGAUGGCUUCAAGGUUACUUCGCGGAGUGGGCGCUCUGGCGGCUCAGGCCCUGAGAGCCCGCGGGCCCCAUGGCGCGGUUGCGACGCGCUCCAUGGCUUCUAGAGGUGGUGUUCCUACUGAUGAGGAGCAGGCUACAGGACUGGAGAGGGAGAUCAUGAUAGCCGCACAGAAGGGACUGGAUCCAUACAAUUUGCUACCUCCGAAGGCAGCUUCGGGCACCAAGGAAGAUCCUAAUUUAGUCCCGUCCAUCACCAACAAGCGGAUAGUGGGCUGCAUCUGUGAAGAGGACAACUGUAUCGUCAUCUGGUUUUGGGUGCACAAAGGCGAGACUCAGCGGUGCCCAAGCUGUGGAACCCAUUAUAAGCUGGUGCCCCACCAACUGGCCCACUGAGCCCUGCGUUAACUUUUCAGAAUGUGAUGGAAAACUUCCCUCCAAUAAACUAGCCAUUGUAU